AUGAAGUACUUGGCCGCUUACUUGUUAUUAAACGCCGCUGGCAACACCCCAUCCUCUGACAAUGUCAAGGCUGUUUUAGAAUCCGUUGGAAUCGAAGUUGAAGAAGAAAAGGUUUCUUCUUUGUUGUCCGCUUUGGAAGGUAAGUCUGUUGAAGAACUUAUCGCUGAAGGUACCGAAAAGUUGGCCUCUGUCCCAGCUUCUUCUGGUGCUGCUGCCUCUGGUGCUGCUGCUUCCGGUGCUUCCGAAGCUGCUGCUGAAGAAGCUCCAGAAUCCGAAAAGGAAGAAUCUGAUGACGACAUGGGUUUCGGUCUAUUCGAUUAA